AUGUCUCCCGCAUAUGACGGUGUUGGUAGAGAUGGAAUCCAAUCUGGCAAUUCGAAUGAAGUUCGAUCAUCAGACAUCAACUCAUCGCGAAAGAAAUUGCCGCCGUCGACCACAUUGAACCGAGGAGGAGUAUUUUGCGAUGAUUAUUUGUUGAAAGUGAAUGGCAAAGUUGUCGACGUUCAUGUUGUAGAGGCAUUCCAAUUCUAUUUAAAAAUAUGCGUUUGCUUCAGUCCAUUUCGUAGAAGACGUUGGCAGUUUGACACCCUGAAGUGGCUCAGAGACGACAUUUUCCCCGAGAUCGGGAUUGCCGUUUGGCUACCUAUGAUGAAACCGAAAUACCCCUCGACGCCAUUCUGCCGGAUACUGAGGGCCAUUGUCACUUCUGUCAUCAUAAGUAAUUUAUUUGGCUAA